ACUCAUGUUACGUCUCGAGGAAAUUCCAUCGCGUUUAACACUUUAAGAACUUUUUUUUUUAACAUCAAUCCCAAAAAUAAUCGUCGUCGUAGCACAAAUGAAAGCAACCCUUCAAAAUUAACUAGCUUCUUAGAAUUUUGUGGUUAUGGUGCUUCCACACAACGUGAAUCACAAUCACGUACUCGUCCAACUGGCAGCAAUCUCUUUGCCAUUCAAGAUGUCCCACCUGUUGCUUUUAGAUCCAGUCGGUCUGAAAAUCGAACUAAUAGUUUUGACAAUUUAAAUCGUAUAGUGUAA